UUCAAACCCCUUCUUUUUUCUUUUUUCUUUCCAGAAAUGCUAAUAGUCUCCCAAUGAUAAAUCUGUCACAAAUUGGAUGACACAAUCAUCCAACCAACCCGUCACUUUUCCCCCAAAAGAACAAAAAAUAAUUACACUAAAAAAAUUAACAAAAUGUCAGCAAUCGGUUACUGUAUCACCCAUUUCUUCAAUAAUAAUUUAAUCAUGCGCGGUUUAAGCCAUCGACUCAAAUAAAAAAAAAAAAAAAUACAGAAAAGAGAAGAAGAAAAGGAAGUGAUUCAACCAUCUUCAUCAUCUCCGUCGAAUUUGAUCGGAAAAUCUCUGACCGAAGUUCGAUAUGGCUAUGGCCUACGCUAUCGUCACUCCUGCUUCCUACGCUCCGGUGCGAUCGAAGUUCACCGGUUAUGAUUCUGGUUGCUUCCUCACUCCUCAGUUCACUCUCUCCUUGCCGGCCUCCAAAGUCCGCGGUUUACUUUACUCGGGAAUCAACACUUUUUCCAGCUCUAAGUGAGUAUACUGUUAUUACAGCUUAGCUCGCUGUUGUUUUUCUUCAUCUUUUCUUUUGUCAUUAAUUGGAGCAGCAGUUUAUGGUGAUUUUCACGAGUCAUCGAUUUGUGGCAUUUUCGUGUGUUUGAUAUGAACUCAAAGAGUGUUUGAUUUAACAACUUACGUAUUGAUUUAAACUUUUGCUCAUUUUCUGUGUAGGUAUAUUUGUUGUACUUCAAUCGAUGGCGCUGAAUCCUUGACUUCAACUUCGAUGGAUGUUGUUCCCACCCCGAUUGUUAUGAUAGAUCAAGAUUCUGACACUGACGCCACCAUUGUGCAAGUUAGCUUUGGUGAUCGUUUGGGUGCUCUCAUUGACACGAUGAAAUCUCUGAAAGAUCUUGGUCUUGAUGUGGUGAAAGGGACUGUGAACACAGAAGGAGCAGUGACUCAGACGAAAUUUUUCAUUACUCUAUUGGCAAGUGGAAGGAAAGUUGAAGAUCCGGAUCUUUUGGAGAGAAUUCGCCUUACUAUUAUCAACAACUUACUAAAGUAUCAUCCAGAGUCUAGUGAACGUCUUGCCAUGGGUGAGGCCUUUGGAAUAAAAGCACCUGCGAAGAAGUUGGAUGUAGACAUUGCAACUCAUGUCCAUGUCAAGGAUGAUGGUCCGUCAAGGAGCUUACUGUACAUAGAAACUGCUGAUCGGCCUGGGUUGCUGCUAGAAGUGAUCAAGAUUAUAGCUGACAUCAAUAUUGACGUUGAAUCGGCUGAAAUUGAUACAGAAGGUUUGGUAGCGAAAGACAAAUUUCAUGUCAGUUAUGGAGGGGAAGCACUGAAGAGUUCCAUGUCUCAGGUCCUGGUUAAUUGUUUGAGGUACUACCUCAGGAGGCCAGAGACUGACGAGGACAGCUAUUAGCAAUUUAGCAGUGUCAUUUGUACCAAACCAUUUAUUCCAGAUCAAUCUCUCCACCUGUGUCUGGAUGAUAUUAAGCCCAUAUAUUUUCUUCCCUAUUUUUGUGAUAUAUUGGUAACUGAAGCCAUUAAGACUAUUACUAUUCCCUUGUCCUCAUCAAGGAUAAUAGUCUAAUUUGGCAUUAAAGCACGUUGCAUAACCAUGUACAAGACACUUUUUAGUCAAAACAUGCUUUUAAUCAUAAGCUAUUAAACUAGAAUGCAUCAUAUUACAUCUCUU